AUGCGCUUGAGUCGACCAAUCGAUGGGCGCUGGUCGGUGCGCUGCGGCGCGUUUUCGAUUUUCGAUUUCUCGUGCGGACGCCCCACCCCUCGUUGGCACUCAAUGAGCUCCUCAAGUACACGUCGAAAUGGUGCUGUGGGUGUUAACACACGGAGCAGCAGAAUGCAUCUUGAAGCCAAAUUCUUCAACAGUAGUUUGAUGAAAUUCGAAGAGGCUACCACUACCCAGUGGCCGGGCUUAUUCACCGUUAAAAGUGCGCUGACCAAUGGGGUGAAGACAAGAGGGAGGGAGAAAUGUGGAGACGAGGUGUGUCAGAACAAGUGUGUUCCUCCAGGUCAAAUUGGAAGCGGCGGAUCGACGAUAAGCAAGGCCAGCUCACACAACUCUUCCGAUCGCUCCCCCAACGGAAUGCUGGUGGCAUCAACGGCCACCGCGACGGUUGUCCACCGAGAAGAGGCCCUUCUCGCUAUCUACGUCCAUCCGACGGAUGCAGGAGGUGUCGGCCACUACAAACCAUUCCUACUGCCUCCACGCGCCCCUGGCGAGAGCUCUCUCGAAAAGGGCCUCGGGUACGGCGCUUUCGGCGUGGUCUGGUCGGUCAUCGACCCGCGGGAUGGACGCAGAGUGGCGUUGAAACGUAUUCCCAGAGUCUUCCACAAUCCGAUCACAGCAAAGCGUGUAUACCGCGAAUUAAAAAUGCUUUCCGUGCUCCAUCACGAUAAUGUGACCUUAACUGCAGUUUCCCCGAACAGAUAUCUUCUAUUCGAGUUGAUGCAGACUGAUCUGCACAAAAUCAUCGUUUCCCCUCAGCCACUAUCUUCAGAUCACGUGAAGAUAUUCCUCUAUCAAAUCCUGCGCGGUCUAAGAUACCUUCACUCUGCUGGUAUUGUUCACCGCGACAUCAAGCCCGGAAACAUGCUAGUCAAUUCAAACUGUCUCCUGAAAAUUUGCGAUUUCGGCCUAGCUCGCAUGGAUGAUCCUAAGAAUCAGGUUCAGCUCACCACCGAAGUCGUGACACAGUACUAUCGUUCGCCGGAGCUCCUCAUGGAGACCUCACGAUACUCCUACGCCGUGGAUAUAUGGAGCGUUGGAUGCACGUUCGCUGAACUCCUCAGCCGUAGAAUUCUCUUCCCGGCCCAAGGACCGUUGGAGCAGUUGGAACUAAUCGUAAAUCUGACUGGUACACCAACGAUAGAGGACCUGGAGAAUUGCCACCCCGAAGCCUGUUGUUUCGUUCUUUCCUUUCGUCCACGGCGUCCCAAUCUCGCGUUCCUUUACUCUCUUUCACCGGACAUAACCGGCGCUGCUGUGGAACUCAUAUCCAGCAUGCUUCGAUUCAAUCCGAAGGCUCGAAUUACGGCGGAGGAGGCAUUGAAUCACUGCUACCUAGAGGAGGCGAGACUGCGAUACCACUCGUGCAUGUGUACCUGUUGUCACGACGUGCCGGUGACCCCCACGAGUACCCAAGGAACCAUGAGCAGUCCCGGUGGAGUUAGUGACAAUGGGUCGCUCUCCUCAGCACCUGUCACACCCACCAGUUCCAUAUCCUCAGCCGCCUCCUCGGCCUCCACCUCGCCCGCCGACACUCCCGGCAAGCAGCAACAGCAGCGCCCAGCAGGAGUCCUCACUCGUCGUAAGUUCUGCCGCAAUCUCGACCCUAUAGCCAACUUUCUGCUGCCCCUCGACCUCGACUCACACUUCAAACGCCUCUCCGAUGCCAAACGCAUUCUCUGGGACACGUUGCAGGAAUAUCAUCACCGUGACACUCGGAGUGCAAAGUUAAUUCUCAAUAAGAAUGGUGCUAACUAUCGGGCUCUUGUCACGUCAAAUGUAGCUCAAGCGAAGGAGAUACCGGCGGUGCGUCGUUGGCGCUGA